AUGAAUAAAACGAAGGUUUUAUUUGAGUUAACAGCUGUUUUGUUCCUGCAACAGAUCGAGUGACGGACAUCUAGAAACACAACUGAGAGUAAUAAUAGUGGGGGAGGUGGUACUGAUGUGUUCUUGAUAGUUGUCUGAACGAUUGUUGGAGGGUUUGUACUCAUUAUUGGAGGAGUAUUCAUUGCUAGAUUAAUAUGUAAAUGAAAAGACAAAAUAAAGAAAGAAAGAGAAGAGAGAGAUUUAAGGGAAAAGGAUAAGAGAGUUCAAGAAAGAAUAAGACAAAUACGACUAGAAGAAGAGAAAGAGCGUAUAAGUAGGUCAGUCUGUCCAACCCCAGGUGGAGGAAAGAUUCUUUCUGAUAACAAAACAAAUGAUAACCAAACGCUUGAAGCUUCUCAGAAAAACUCUCCUAAUAAAGGUACGAUUCAUCCAAUAUCCCCGACUCGAUGGAACCCAGACUCUCCUAAUCAUCGUUCUAUUCAACUAGGUGUUCCUAUUUACCCUCGACAAAACACUGAAACUAAAAUCCCUGAAGGAAUUGCUCCUACUAUCUCUCCGUCACUUCCUUACCACCCACAGCCCAAAUCGCCUUAUGACCCGGUCUAAGAAGUAAUUUCAGCGAAUGAAUUCAAUAUAU